UUAAGGAAACUGUUAGCAGUUAUCCAAAGAGUUGUAUCGGUAGGUUUCAACUUACUGAGGACAAAAUUGGCAAUGGGUUUUAUAAGAACUACCCUAAUGGUUCUAGUGGGUUUCCUCAACCUACUGGGUCCUACUACGCUAGUAGAGGCUGCAAUCUGUCUAGUCCCCAAAGACAUCGUCAGGGGUGAAGCAUAUUUCAUGCACAACAAAGAAUAUUUUGGGAAUUAUACGCCUUCAACAAAUUGUAAAUGGAUUGUACAGAGUGAACCUGGCACUAGAAUCCUACUAACUUGCGCAGAUAUUACUUUACCAAGCACAACUAAUUGUGUAGGUGAUAAACUAGCUAUAUCAUUGAAUGGUGACCUCAGUUUCAAAGAUGCCAAUUUUUAUUGUGGGACCACAUCAAUGGAGUUGGUGUCGAAUGGAAAUCAUCUGGCUGUAGGGCUCUUCGCAACUGACGAUUCAAAGGGUGGAAGAUUCAUGUGUAUUCUGAAGGAAAUUCAAAGUCUGAAUUUCGCGAAUACAGCAGCACCCUCAGUAUGCAACUGUGGCUUGAAACAAACGAUGAGUAUCGCAGGAGAGAACGAAACGUUGGUAAAUGAGUUUCCUUCCAUAGCAGGAUUGGUGGACACUCUAGGAGCAGAAGUUUUUUGUAGUGGAAGUAUCAUUUCGAAUCGAUAUGUGAUAACUGCCGCACACUGCCUUCUCCACGUAAAGAGGGAAAAUUUGGGUAUUCUUGUUGGUGACCGCAGUAUAUCUACAGUAAAGUAUCAGCCUGGGAAAUGCAUCCAAAUUUCAACUCCGAAAGCCUAGUUAACGAUAUAGCCCUAUUGAGGACGACUCAAGAUAUUCGUUUUAACCAAUACGUGAGUCCAGUCUGUCUGCCUUUUAGAUACACGUCGUCGAGUUUUCUUGGGGAAACAUUGACUGCAGCAG